AUCUUUUGUUUCUUUAGUCGUGAGACAGCCUAAAAGAAAUUUUGACUUUACUUUUUCUGAAUCAGUCAUUACCAUAUCUACACAUAUUAUAAUUUCCUUUGUAUAGUCUUUGUCAAUCUCAAUUGCUUUGAUCAUUGCUUUCUUCUGAACUUCUCAAACUUAAGGACUUCUUGGGUGCAGAGUAGUUGUUUGCAGCCUCUCACUGUUUGAGCUGCUAAAAAAAAGCUUUGGGGGCAUUAAAGAAAGUCAGAUGUGGGGAAAUAGCAUCUAUAGUACAACUUUCAGGUAACAGUUCUUGCUGAGCACUCAAGCAUUUUUAAAAAGUCACUUCUCUCUUCCAUUCAUGUAUAUUUAAAUUAGGACUUGUCUCAGUCACGGCUCAAGUACAAACAUAUCUAAUCUCACAGAAAAAAAUGGUUUGCUCAUUUGGAUUCUUGAGGAUGCAUUCCAGUAACACCAACACGGAGUGGCACUGGGGUAUGGAGCAGCAUGUGAACCAAGGCACACAAAGCUGGGCCUGUCCCUUUUUCUGCAAUCACUUAGUUGCCCUGAAAGCUUCAUGUACAUAUUAUCCUACUAAAACAAAUACAAUGCUUACAGGUGACCAAGCCUAUGCAGUUCCACAGAGCGUAAACUUUCUCUCAAUAUUAAGUAGUGCAAACUUUGAUCCUCCAUUUUCCCAUAUGCUUUUUAUUUUCUGAAGAGCAUUCCUACUACACAUUCCCUGUUUCAGUCUAAAACAUUUGUCUUCCAUGGUUGAGUUACAGACCUUUAAAAAUAGGUUUGCAAUGGAAAUGCUGACGUGCCAGCUGGCUGGUGCUGCAGUGACACACUCACAAUAGGCAACUCUUCAGCAGGCUGCGGCGGGGGCUGAAGUGGCGAGCUGCGAGGCAGGUUGCUCUCGUUUAACCAAGGCAGCAGGGCAGCAUCUGUACCCUUAUUCUUGUUUGCUCCGUGCCUGACCUCUGACUAGAAGAUCAGCGAGGGAAAGCGCGCAGGACUCUGACGUGCACCGUCAUUUUGUCGGUCAUGCUAAUUCCUUCACAAUUGUUUGGCAGUUAAGAGCAGUUUGAGACUUUCUUUGCUAGCCGUAUCAGAAGGGCAGGGCUCACUGAGAAACCGCGCAGUGCCUAAACAGCCACUCAGUGUCACUGAGGCAGCUUGCUGUCCUUAAAGAUGGGUGUUUUUGGUAGCGCUACCUAACGUUCCCCAGUUCCUAGCAUCAAACAGAGAUGGAAAAAUGUUAUCUUUUACCCACGCUCUUUUAUUUACGCCCUCGGUGCGGUGCUGCCGCCCCCUCCCCACGCGUGCCCGCAGCCGAAGGCGCCCGCGGUGUGAGCAGGGCGGCCCUGCGGCCGUGCCGCGUCUUCCCGCUCUGCAGCGCCUGCUUCGUUCCCUGCCAUCUCUGCAUUACGAGGAAAAGAAGGAAAAAAAAAAAGAAGAAGAAGAAAAAGAAAAAAGAAUCGGCCCACAGAAAACUUUUCUCCCCUCAGGCUGCGCGCUGGUGCGAUCGAGCGCAUCCCACAGCCCGCCUUCCCUCAGCGGCGCUGCCCGAGGGGAACGCGGGCGCCUCGAGCUUCGCAGGUGCUGCGGCGUUCCGUGGGCGGAGACAGAAACCCGAGGGGACAACGACCCUCUCGGCCGGGUGACUUCAUCGUUAGCACGACGGCUUUGUUCCACACCUUUAUUGGCACUACUUUGCUUGCUUUAAAAGCCCUCCCGCCGACCUGGAGGCCUUCGCUCCUCGUCCGUCAGCCCCGGGAGCCGCCACCGCGGCCCUGACGGACGCUCCCCCCGCCCCGCUCCUCAGCGCGGCUCCGCGCGUCACCGCUCCCCCGCCCUUCGCCAUGCAGGGAUUCUCCGUCCCGCGCUGACGUCACCCCCGUGCCGCGCAGGCCCCGCCCCCGGCGCCCGCCAUGUUGGGGGGUGUGCGCGGGGGAGCGCAGAGCGGAGCCGCCCCCGCCGGCCGGCAGCAGCAGUAGCCCGAGCUCCGCCGCGCUGCGUGGGCAGGGGGCCCGCCGCGCCCGCCCGUCUGCCCUCCCUCCAGCCGUCCCUCCGGCAGCCGCGGGGUAAUGCGCAGAGGCGGCUGGCGGCGGCGGCUCCCCCGUUGAGGAGGAGAGCGGCGGGCAGGGGAGAGCCGGGACAUGGUGCCGUGCGCUCCGCUGGAGGACGUGGAGGAGCCGGAGCCGUGCCGCAAAAUGGAGCUGUACGUGAGCGGCGGCGAGCUAAAUGGCCUUAAAAUGGCAGAUGAGCCUAUGGAAGAAGGUGAACCAUAUUCCUACCAUGAUGAAGGAAGUGUGAAAGAGAUUCCCAUUACCCAUCACGUGAAAGAAGGAUGUGAGAAAGCAGAUCCAGCACAGUUUGAACUACUAAAGGUUCUUGGUCAGGGAUCGUUUGGAAAGGUCUUCCUCGUAAGGAAAAUAAUUGGUCCUGAUGCUGGACAACUUUAUGCAAUGAAAGUAUUGAAAAAAGCUUCUUUAAAAGUUCGGGAUAGAGUUCGUACGAAAAUGGAGAGAGAUAUAUUAGUAGAAGUAAAUCACCCAUUUAUCGUCAAACUGCACUAUGCCUUUCAGACUGAAGGGAAGCUAUAUUUAAUAUUGGAUUUUCUCAGGGGAGGAGAUGUAUUCACACGAUUAUCCAAAGAGGUUAUGUUUACAGAGGAAGAUGUGAAAUUCUACCUCGCAGAACUGGCCCUUGCUUUGGAUCACCUUCACAGCUUGGGAAUUGUAUACAGGGACCUGAAGCCAGAAAACAUUUUGCUUGAUGAAGCAGGACAUAUCAAGCUAACAGAUUUUGGACUCAGCAAAGAAUCAGUAGAUCAAGAGAAGAAGGCCUAUUCUUUCUGUGGUACUGUAGAAUACAUGGCACCGGAAGUAGUAAACAGGCGUGGGCACAACCAGAGUGCUGACUGGUGGUCCUUUGGUGUUCUUAUGUUUGAAAUGCUUACUGGUACACUACCAUUUCAAGGUAAAGAUCGAAAUGAAACUAUGAAUAUGAUACUGAAAGCAAAACUUGGUAUGCCUCAGUUCCUCAGCCCUGAAGCACAAAGUCUUCUUAGGAUGUUAUUUAAAAGGAACCCAUCAAAUAGAUUAGGAGCUGGUUCAGAUGGAGUUGAAGAAAUCAAGAGGCAUCCUUUUUUUUCUACUGUUGACUGGAAUAAACUGUUCAGAAGAGAAAUUCAACCCCCAUUUAAACCUGCUUCUGGAAAACCAGAAGAUACCUUUUGUUUUGAUCCAGAAUUUACAGCAAAAACACCAAAAGAUUCUCCAGGAGUUCCACCUAGUGCGAAUGCACAUCAGCUCUUUAAAGGAUUUAGUUUUGUUGCAACAACUACUGUAGAAGAUCAUAAAAUAUCACCACUCACCAACAUACUGCCAAUAGUACAGCAACUUCAUGGGAACAGCGCGCAGUUUACUGACGUGUAUGAACUGAAGGAAGAUAUUGGUGUUGGUUCCUACUCCGUUUGCAAGCGAUGUAUACACAUAGCUACAAAUAUGGAGUUUGCUGUAAAGAUAAUUGAUAAAAGCAAGAGGGAUCCCUCAGAAGAAAUUGAGAUUCUCAUGCGUUAUGGACAGCAUCCAAACAUUAUAACUUUAAAGGAUGUGUAUGAUGAUGGUAGAUUCAUAUACCUCGUCACUGAGCUGAUGAAGGGAGGAGAGCUGCUUGAUCGAAUUCUUAGACAAAAGUUCUUCUCAGAACGAGAGGCUAGCGCUGUAUUAUAUACUAUCACUAAGACUGUGGACUACCUGCACUGCCAAGGAGUAGUGCAUCGUGACCUUAAACCUAGUAAUAUUUUAUAUAUGGAUGAUUCAAAUAAUGCUGAUUCAAUCAGGAUUUGUGAUUUUGGAUUUGCAAAACAACUUCGAGGAGAAAAUGGGCUACUUCUAACUCCGUGCUACACUGCAAACUUUGUGGCACCAGAGGUUCUCAUGCGGCAGGGAUAUGAUGCUGCUUGUGACAUAUGGAGUUUGGGUGUUCUCCUUUACACAAUGUUGGCAGGCUAUACUCCGUUUGCAAAUGGUCCUAAUGAUACUCCUGAGGAGAUCCUGGUACGGAUAGGCAGUGGAAAAUUCUCAUUAAGUGGAGGCAACUGGGACACUGUUUCUGAUGCAGCAAAGGACUUGUUAUCACAUAUGCUUCAUGUAGAUCCGCAUCAGAGGUAUACAGCAGAACAAGUAUUAAAACAUUCGUGGAUAGCCUGUAGAGACCAGUUGCCCCAUUAUCAACUAAACAGACAAGAUGCACCACAUCUAGUAAAGGGAGCCAUGGCUGCUACAUAUUCUGCACUGAAUCACAAGACGUUUCAGCCAGUGUUAGAGCCUGUUGCAGCCUCAAGUUUAGCUCAGCGACGGAGCAUGAAAAAGCUAACGUCAACAGACUUAUAGAUCCACUGGGACACCUUAGCAAACAGAAGCAAGGAGAAAAUCCAAUAAGUGGCUUUACUUUGCCUGACCUGUGAUCAAAAGGCAUCUAUGGUUUCCUGCUACACUACUUGAAUUCUGUAGAAGUCCUUUUUUUAAAAAAAGAAAAAAAAAAUGCCACAGGUUCAUACUGUGUUAUUUUACAGGUUGUAUCUGUUAGGGUUAAUUUAAACAUCAGGUACACCAUGAUGAAUUUCUUGACACUGUCCUUUAAGAGAUCUGUUGUGAAAUAUUUCACAUUCUGUAUAGUUUUGGUGGGUUCAUUUAAAAAAAAAAAAAAAAGUUUAGGGGACCGUUGCCACUGACCAAGUUGUGCAUAAAGUGUCAGUGUAAAUUUUUUCUUUCUCUUUGUGCAUUUAGACCCUGUUUUGAAGGACAAAUUUUUAAUUUUGUAAUUGGGCAUUUAAAUGAAUUAAGUUGAAUCAAUUAACUUGUUCAUUCUUUUUUUUAUAAAAAGAUGACUAAUGUAUUGUGCCAGUAUUAAAUGCAUUAGUGCUAAUUUGGCAGGUCUGUGUUUGCAUGGUGCCAGUAAUUGGUAAGUUUGUGAAAAUAUAAACAAAAGAAAUGGGUAAAGUUCUGCACUUUACCUGGAAUCUAAGAAAAAGAACACUUGAGGUUAUGGCCGUGAAUGUUGUUGUCUGGAGCUGAGCUGAAGAAGGUAAAUACAUGUAUAAACUGUCAAAAAUAAGGACUGAAAUAAUAUUGGUACUACAACAUCAUGUCAUCCAAUUUUGUUAAAAAAUUUUAUUAUUGCGUAUCUGUUUGUACAACAGCUGUUCUAUUUCCUUAGCAGUUGUUUCCACUGAAUAUAACUAACCUUAAGUUUGUUUGGCGCAUAAGGCAAACUGACACUUUGUUAUAUCAAACUUGGCAUGUGGAUUUUUUUAUUUAUUUGUUUUUUCUUAUAGAAUAUUGCUUCUACCUGAAUCUCUAGCUGCAUGUACAAAUACUACAGAAACAAAAUUCAAUUUGCCUAACUGUAGGGGUAGCUUGGGAAAAAUAAAUAAGCCUUGCAGUGUGCCCAGAUAAGAGAAUAAUGACCCAGAAAUUUCAUAGUUAUGGGCAAGUUACUGACCAUAUCCUUUUGCCAGCACUCACUCUUACUGUCUGUCGUCAUGUUACGACUUCAGCUCUUUCUAAAAAAUGUUGUGAUAGAAAGGAAACAAAUCUCAGGGCCAGAAUUGUCUUGGAGUUUUCUGACUCAAAACCAGUGCUGGCUUGCAUUUGCUAGUAAACUAGGAAUAAAUACAUUCAGAGAUAAUAAGCUUAAAGUAUUUUCACAUGUUGUAGACAUCAUGUCAAUAAAAUUGUGCAGUGGUAUGAUGGUAUGAAUUUUAAAUAUUAGGAAGCAUAUUAUCGAUCAACAGUUUGACUAUUCACUCACUGAGAAUACAAGUGACCAAAAAUUGCACUUCUGUCCAUCUUACUUGUUCCAGAUACUUUUGGUAGCCAGUUAUAAGACAUUUGUGAUGGCAGAAAGGGGGGAAAAAAAAGCUUUCAGGAAAAUUCUGGCCUGACUUCCAAAAGUGACAAUAGUAACUCAGAUUUUAAAAUGCAAAGGGUGCUGGCUGAUUUUUGCUUAUACCUGUGAAGUACUUGAGAUUGAAGUACUAUUAGAUAAGCUGCUUUCUCCUGAUGCGGUAAGGGAAGAUGGAAAUUUUGUGGCCCAAUCGUUAGGUAUGAGUAUAAUAGAUUUGAGACUUUAUGAAUAUAGGAGGUGUGCUAUUUGUAUCAUGCAGAGUAUAUCCCAUACUAAAUUUCUUGAGUGUUUGAUAGAUGAUGGAAGCUUACUGGGGCCAUUUGUGCCUGAUUUUGAGGUGCCUGUUUGAAAUGCUUGAAAGCUAUCAAAGAACGUGACUGCUUCCUAGAAAGUUUAUUAUUUAGUACCAGAUCUGUCCCUUGUGCAAUUGGCUCAUCCUUUCCUCUAUUAGAGACCUUUGUCCAAAAGAAUACGUGUGAAAUUCUCAUCUACAGCCUGUAAUUGUCUGCAAUUUUUGUCUGCAAAUUUACAAGUGACUACCAGAACAAUCUGAGUUCACACUAUGGAGGGGAAAAAUAGUGGUAGAAAUAAGCUGUCUUGGCUGAGGUCCAGGUAUAAUAUGGGUUGAAACACAACUGUAAAACUCGUUGGUCUAGAGGGUAACACAAGGAAUGGAACACAAAUGUCAAAUUUGAAUCGUCUUCAGCUUUCCUGCAAGGUAGCAGCUGGUCUUUAAUGGCUUUAUUCAUUAAUCAUUUAACAGUGUUUAUAUUGGCAUUUUCUUUUAGCUUGCUUAGAAGCACCACAUUAUAAGCACCUUAAAAGCAUUUUGCACAAAAGCAGUUGUAAGCAGCUGAAGAUAAUUUAAGUUCUUCUCAAUGUGCAAAACAAAGGUAAUAAGAGGAAGAAUGUGCAAAUGAGGUUGAAUUCUGAUUCUUAGCAAAGAUUUUUAAACAUCUGUAAGGUUAUCCUUUCUAGUUAUUUUUUUAAAAUCAUUACUAGCCUGUAGUGCUAACAGUACUCCUGGGGCAAAAGCAAGGUUUUAGUGACUACAGCAUUAUAAAUUUGUCUUAUCACAAGGAAAUCACAUGGAGAAACAUCUUUGUUGUAUUUAAUGAGACCUGUGUACUCUAGUAUGCUGAUUUUAAUUCUUAAAUCAUUUGGGGGGAGGGGGAAGGGAACUUGCUGUGAAUAUUUCAGCAUAUCAGUUUUGAAACGUCAGAUAUGCAGGGAUGCAGGAGAGUUUACUUCAAUUUUGAUAUUUCUUUUGGAAUUUUUCAUACUUUUUCAAACUUUUGUUCAAUUACUAAUGCUCAUAAACAGACUGCAUUGUCAGUUCAGUGUGAAAUGGAAUAAUGCUUGAACAUGCUCUUGGAGUGAAAGGUCAGUAAUGUUUUGCUGGGUCUCUGCACAGUUCAAGAUUACAAGCUAUUUAUCAUCUAAUACAGACUUUGUAAAAGAGUGACAUUUUUUAUUUUUUAUAAAGAAAUAUGGAUACUACUUAAAAGAAUUUCUGGAGAACUAAUUACUAUCAAGUGAUCUUAUAUUUUGGGUGUGGUGUUUUUCUGCCAGCAAGAUAAGUUCUACUCUGGCUUUGAUAAUAGCAGUUAAGUUCUAGAUCUUACGAGCACAGAGUCUGAUACAGUUCUUGCUGAAGGGAGUAGACAACCCUUGCACAUAAACUGUAGCUGGAGCACGUACCUGAUGUACCUGCUUCUCUUCACCUCACCCCUCCAAUAUUGCAAUUAUUAUCUUCAGUUUUCCUUUUGAUGAAAAGUAAGGAACUCUGUUGUAUUCCUGUAUUGUGUUCAAAAGCUGUGCAGUGGCAUCAACAUCCACCAGUGGUGCAUAAUGAAGAGUGUCCAAACCAGAGAGAAUCAGUGUGGGCAGACUGAUUUAAGCCACUGUUUUGUGGCUUGCCUAAAUGCUGUUGUUAGCAUGGUGUAUAGUUUUCCUAUUAUGCCUGAAACUACUAAAUUAUUUCUGACCCUGUAAAAGCCUAAGUAGAUGGUCUAAGCAUACUAUCUAGCUGAGGCCAAUGUUCUAUGGUUUUAAAAGUUAUUCUAGCAUUCAGAGAAGGCAUCCAAAACCUCACACACAUCACUCAUGCAGAGCUUGAGUAGUCUUCCAUAUUUUAAUUCACUUUCCAAAGCUAACUUUCAUGUAUGUAUUGGAGAAAUUAACUGAAAUGUCCAGUAGUUAAAAUUGCAUCUAGCCACUUUAACAAUUGGAAGUUACUUGCAAUAUGCACUGGUCAUUUGCAGUGACACAUCUAUCUCUGCCCUCAAAUUUUGCAAUUGAAAAAGCUGGGGAGCUUGUGAGGAUUGAGUAAGAUAGACAGUAAUAUAGUAAGUAUAUUGGUUUGUAUCAAUGCAAUUAGAAUAAAACAUCAAUGCAAUUAAGGGGAGUUCAUGUACUUGUGUAGCACUUACAUUUUUUAGACCCAUCUAGUCUAAAACUUUGCUAAUGCUUGUGGGAGGGAAGGGAGGAGCAGGUUUCUCAUAAAGUUUUCAAAUGGCUUCUUAAGUUAUUAUGAGUCCUUAUGUAAUGCUAUCAGAGCUCUUUUUUUUUUAAUGCUGCUCUGUGACAGCUCACUCAGUUUUCUUGAGUAUGUACUGAUACCUACGGGUAACAUACAUACACUGUUGUUUAUGUACCAUCCUUCUGCAUCAAUGCCUCUUUAGUUACAUAUCCUCAGUGUCUUUUCUUAAAUGUACUUCCCUAAAUUAAUUUGUUAUUAUGCCUAUAUUUUCCUUUGGGAAUAAAAGAAUGAAAGCAAGUUAAAGAAAAUAAAAUCCUAGGGUAUAGCUGUAGUUGACUUGAAUAUUGUAGUAACUUAUGUAACUAGAAGUCCCUUCUCCAAUUGGCUUUCUUGAGAUUUUUCUAUGUAAAGAAAGCAACUUUUCUUUGAAAGCUUUAAAUGAUCUUUAAUGGUUAAGAUCUGGGAGAUAGCUUAUUACCAGUAAUGAGUUUAAAAACAUUGGAUCCUGGUUUGGGUUUCUUGUGUGUGAGAACUAAAAAUGCUCAAGGUGGAUCUCCUUUGCAGGACAAAGUGUUCUUAUUUUGUGUGUUUUGCAUUAGGCUUAUAAGCAGCAUUGGCUAAGAAUUGUGUUGUCAUAAUAUCCCAAGCACUUUGGCAUCUUGCACUGAUACUCUGAUUAGAGCUAAAAACUAUUCUGGCACAUGACUGGCUAUAAAUCUCAAUAUAUGAAAGGGCAUUAAUUGAAAAUGGUGUGCAAUGAAUCACAUGCUCUCUGAGGUACUUAAAAGAUGAAACUAUACAAAAGGUCCCCGUUAUCAGAUAUUGUAACUGUCAUUUCUUUCUCUAAGCAUAUUGUGGAUUUUGUAUCAUAUUGUAUUUAUUUCUUUUAAUUUUAAAAGUUUUUCUUUAAAGCUCUGUAUAUAUUGACAUUAAAGUUUGCAUUGUACUACGUUCUCUUCUCUUUGUAAGGCUGAAUCUAGUAGUGCAUUGUAUGGUAUGUUGUUUUUCUUUGCACUGUGCUGCUAAAAGAUACAAUUGCCUUGAAUUCCAACAUGCCAAAGACAACCUCAAAAUUGUAUUUAUUUUUGUUAGACAUUGUGAACAAUGAUAAAGGUACAGUUUUAAAUAGCUGGCAGUUUCUCAAGUACUAGAGUGAAAAAGUUGCAAGUUCAUGAUUUUUAUAAUUGACAAAAAAUGAUCACUUUGAAAGUUCAACAACUCUUUUUUUAAAAUGAUAUAAAAUUAAUGAGCACACACAGUAAAUCAAAUGUACUCUGAAUUGCAUUAUUUGGUAAGCCCUGCCAAAAACCUCACAUCAAGAGCUGUUUAUAAAUUUAUAUUCACAGUAAAGUGUUUUAUGCCACACUUUCAAUAAAACAUACAUUUAUUGAUAGGAUUGAUGUAUUAAUUUAGGGUGGGAUGAUCUACCUUCCACAUGUUGUUGCAUGUAGUCGAAGCUGAAUACCUGAAAAGAGGAAAUCAUUUUCUUUCCAGAUGCAGGCAUUUAGAUUGCAAGUGAGAGCAGUCAAAUUAAAAGCAGUGACCUGCACAGGCAGUCAAAGAUAAAUAAGUG